ACCUGUUCCGGAAUUUCAUAAAUGGUAAGAAACAAAUUCCAUAUAUUUAAAGAUCUCAAAGUAAGAAGCCAUGGCAGAAAUUACAUCAAGAGAAGAGUCCAAAGGGUAUCAAGACUAUGAAGGAAAUAAAAAAUGGCUCAACGCUCAUUACGAUCCUCUGGCAUCUUUGUAUACUUUUUCACAGUGUAUUGCCUUAUCGGACAUAAAUGCCGAUGGAGAAAAUAAGCUUAUUAUCGCAGACUUGGGAACUGGAACUUAUGAUAUGAAAUUAAAAGUUUACAGAGGCACUUCUCUUAUGAGCGAAAAUGCAAUAAUUGAUUUACCCACUGGGGUAGUUACUUUUUAUAUGGAUUUAACUGAACCACGAACUCCUGCUAUAGCAGUCGCUUCGGGCUCUUUUAUCUAUAUUUACAAAAAUCUUAGACCUUACUUUAAAUUUACCUUACCAUCUCUUCCCAUUGAUGAAAAAGAAGAAAGUGCUUGGAUACAAGCAAAGGAUGAUUUAAUUGAUGUCAGCGUUCUUAGAGAGAUUUUGGAUGGAUUACGCAGCAAAGGAGUAAUACUUACUGUGAGAUCCAUGAAAUUUUUACGAUUACCUCCCCAUGAGUUGUCAACUUUUGUAACACUUCAUAAAAAUUCACCACUCAAAAUGCAGACGGUAGUGACGUGCUUAGAAACUUUAAAAAAAUCUCACUCUGAAGACGAUGCCAUCAGCUGCUUAGUGUUGGGAACUGAGCAUUUGGCAAUCUAUAUAUUGGAUCCUGAAGCCUUUACUAUUUUGACAAAAAUUGAUAUUCCGGCAGUUCCCGUAUUUUUAUCUGUAAAUGGCCUCUAUGAUGUUGAUUAUAGAAUUGUUGUUGCCUGUAGAAAUGGAGCAGUCUAUUCCUUAAAACGAGGAUCGGAAGUCAAAAAACCUGUGUUUCAAUUAAGUGCACAGCCUGUCGGGCUGCAGAGAAUAGGGAAAAAUAUCGUUGUAGCUUGUAUGGACCAAACUCUACAGUGCUAUUCAACAAAAGGUAAUAAAUUAUGGCUCAUACGAAUGCCAGCUGAUAUUUUGACAAUGGAAGCUAUGGAAGAUAAGCAAAAAGGAUUUAAGGGUGUACUUGUUGGAAUUGAAAAUCAUGAGGUGCAUGUAUAUCGAGAUAAGUAUCUUGUGAAUGUAAUCAAAACUGAAGAUGCUGUGACUGGCAUAAAGUUUGGAAAAUUUGGCAGGGAAGAUUCGACUUUGGUUAUGACAACGAAAGGGGGUAGCCUACUAAUUAAAAUGCUUAAAAGAACAGCGAAAUUUGAGGAAAAAGAUGCGACAACUUCCAGCGGUCCUCCUGCAUCCCAACAACAAAAGUUAAAUGUUCCGAAAAAAACGAAAUUGUUUGUUGAUCAAACACUCAGAGAGAGAAACAAUUGCGUCGUGAUGCAUCAACAAUUUCAGCAUGAUUUAUACAGGAUUCGUCUGGAAGCAGCACGAAAUUAUGCAGAAUCCCUAAACAAGAGCUUGAAUCCCAUCUCUACCAACCCCCAAGAGCCUUUAAAGCUUUCUGUUCAUGUGAACGGAAUAGGACCUAUGUUUAAAUUAAUUGUCCAACUACAAAACACAAGUCUAAAUUCUCCGUCCGUUGGUUUAUUUCUCACGUUUCACUUUGAUAGUUCUUUGUAUUCUGUUGAAAAAACACUAAUCCCCGUCCCAUUUCUUGUGCCUGGUUUGAACUAUACUUUUGAGUCAUAUGUUGAGUGUAAAUCUGAUAAAGGGAUAUCAGAUACUAUCAAAGCAUAUUUAUGCCGACGUAGUAGUUCGACUCCAAUUAUUACUGGAAUCAUAAAUAUGCCGGUAAGCGAAUCUAUUAUUGUUUCAUAA